CAGUGGGCCCGCGGCGCGGCCCGUCAGGCACUGCGGUAGGCGCCCUGGGGUCUGGCAGGACCCUGGCCCCAAGAUGGCGGCGCCCAGCGAAGUGGCUGCUGCUGCCUCUGGGGAGAGCGAGGAAGGGGGCAGUGGCUUUGGAUCCUGGCUAGACGGACGGUUGGAGGCGCUGGGAGUGGACCAAGCCAUUUACGGCGCCUACAUCCUGGGGGUCCUGCAGGAGGAAGAGGAAGAAGAGAAGCUGGACGCUCUGCAGGGUAUCCUCUCUGCUUUUCUGGAAGAAGAUUCCCUCCUGAACAUCUGCAAGGAGAUUGUGGAACGAUGGUCGGAAACUCAGAAUGUUACCACUAAAGUGAAAAAAGAAGAUGAGGUCCAGGCCAUCGCCACCCUCAUUGAGAAGCAGGCGCAGAUCGUGGUGAAGCCCAGGAUGGUGUCAGAAGAGGAGAAGCAGAGGAAAGCCGCACUCCUGGCCCAGUAUGCUGACGUGACAGACGAAGAGGAGGAAGCAGAUGAGAAGGAUGAUUCAGGUGCCUCCACGAUGAACCUUGGUUCUGACAAAUCUCUCUUCCGAAACACCAAUGUGGAAGACGUUCUCAAUGCCCGAAAACUGGAGCGGGACUCGCUUCGGGAUGAGUCCCAAAGGAAGAAGGAGCAGGACAAGCUGCAGAGGGAGAGGGACAAACUAGCCAAGCAGGAGCGCAAGGAAAAGGAGAAGAAAAGGACACAAAGAGGGGAGCGAAAGCGAUAACCUUGGUCCACUCUUUCUCCUCGUGGACUUGGUCAAAGGGAGAACUGGUUGUGCACGUGUGUAUUUAAGAGAAAUGAGAGAACAUCGCAAAGUGGUUUCCCAAGGCAUCUCCCCUUUUGUUUACAUGGUGAAGAGGAAAGUCACAAACACUUCUAAUUAUAAAAUGUGCCAUGUCUCUGUGGUGUGGUAAUCAGAUUAUUGUAGUUGAUGUCUGUACCAAAGAUCUGGAAUGUGGGCAACUUUUGUAUUUUAACACUGAAGCCCUGUACUCCUUUUGCCCACUUUAAAAAGUCUUCCCUGGGAAUUCCCAUUGUGGCGCAGCGGAAAUGAAUCCAACUAGGAACCAUGAGGUGGCAGGUUCGAUCCCUGGCCUCGCUCAGUGGGUUGGGGAUCCGGUGUUGCCGUGAGCUGUGGUGUAGGUUGCAGAUGGGGCUCAGGUCUGGCAUUGCUGUGUCUCUGUCGUAGGCCAGCCGCUGUCGCUCCGACUGGACCCCUAGCCUGGGAACUUCUAUAUGCCAUGGGUGUGGCCCUAAAAAGACAAAAAAAAAAAAAAAAGUUUUCCCUCACAUUGGAUAAACAGGAAUAUUCAGAAAGCUGAAGGUUUUUAUCCUGAAGGAGCAGAAUCAUGACCACUCCCUCCCUGAGAUGAAAUCUAGGAGUGUUGAUUGCUUUGGAAGUAGUGUUCACCCCUAAAUGUAUUGUUUUAUGGCUGAAAUAGGAAGCUAAGGAAGAGCCCUACCUGGAUCAGAUUUUAUGUCACAUGGCAACAAAUAAGGAAGAUGAAAUUAUUUAGUGGAUGUCCUACAUUUGAGGUUUUUGUUUUUUUUUUUUUUUUUUUUUUUUUUUUUAAAUAAAGUUUCAGCCUAUGGUAGGAAACAAAGUGUCUUUUAAAUAGAGGUAGUUAUAUAUUUUUUCCUUAUCUAGGCUGUGAUUUUAAAGAAGGAUGUGUCAGUAUUGACUAAAGAUAUUACUGUUAGCUAGAUUCAUUUUUAUAAUCAUGAAUCCUCUUGAGUGCUAGUAGAGAUUUUAAUCCUGAUCUGCCCUGAAACAUAUGCGUAUAAAGACCUGAUAAUUACAGGUUUAGAAACCCUUUUAAGGAAGAAACACUGGAAAUCUCUGCUAACACAAAGAUAUUUAAAGGUGUACAUAGUAGGUGCUCAACAAAUUUAUUGAAUGAGCGAGUGAAUGGAAAAAACUGCUUGGGAGAGUCCAAAGUGAGCAGGAAUUCUCCAUUUCUACUUUUGUCACAAGCCACAUUUGGUUGUAAAUAGGCCUUUUUCUACUUCCAGGCAGCAGACUGUCAAGAAGCCUGAAGAGAGCAAUUUCUCUGACAAGACAGAGUAGCUACUUUUUACCAGGGGUGGGCAAUGCGUUGGCAACCAAAUUUGGCCUAGUCUGUUUGGUAUGGUGCAAGCUAACAAUGGACUUUACAUUUUUAAAGGGUUGUAAAAGAAUAUGUGACAGAGACCUUAUGUGACCUAUAAAGCCUAAAAUAUUUACUACCUGGCUCUUUGGAGAUAAUGUUUGCUGACCUCUGUUUUAUACCAUUACCUAUGAGAUUAACAAAAAUUUUUACCUUUUUGCAGAAGGUAAAAAGCAUGGUGAAGGAGAAGAUGUGUCACUUUUCUACACUCCUAGAACCGUGGCAUUGCAAAAGUUUUUAAAAAUAACCACCUUUUUAGAAAAUAAACUAUUUAAAUCACUGUC